AUGAAUAUUAUUGUACCACAUGUUGGUGCGAUUGUUACCAGUCAGAGUUUAACAAAUGCAGCAAACUUUUUACCACCUGACGUAAUCGGUUGGGAAAAAUGGAAUACUGUUUUAAUGCAUCCAGAAACAAUGGCUAAACUUCACAUAUUACCUCGUGCACCUUGUUGGUUAACAAAUAUCGGUGCUAAUGGUGACAACAAUAUUAUUGGUGUGCAAUGCGUAACAGUUUGGCCAUGUGAUGAGGUCAAGGAAAUACAUAUUUUCUUUCAAAAGGCUCGAAUUAAUGUGAAGUAUCGGUUAAAUGUUGUGAGUACCGAAAACAUUAGAAAAGUUUCAAUUAUACAAUUGCGUCCAUCAUCUGGAAAACAUUUUUUGCCAAUUUAUGCCAAAAAACAUUUCCGUGAUUAUGUGGCGAUUUACCUAUGCAAUGGGUAUUUAGGAAUCAAUGUACCGGUAUACAUUUAUUAUUAUGGACAAGAGCAUAGCUUCGAUAUUGUGUUAUCGGAAACAGAAAUGUUGAAAAUGUUAAAAAUUUCAUCCGAUUUAUCAUCAGCCAUGUUGCUAAGACCCAAACUGGAUUGUGCCUAUCACGUAGUUGACAAUGCGGUAACAUCAACCGUUUCCUCUCCUUUAACGUUUAAAGAGUUUGGUGGAGCGGAAAAUGCUAAGAAGGAAAUUGAAGAAGUCUUGAUAAAACCAUUAAAAGGAGGAAAGGAAGCAUGUUCAGUGAUUUUAUCAGGAUAUACAGGGUGUGGAAAAACGUUAUUUUUACAUAUAAUACAAGAGUGUUUGCAAAAUAAAGCUCUUUGGUUGUCGAAGAGAGAGUUUGAAGAUUUUCUCGAGAAUGGCGCUGUAAAUUAUGACCAGAAAAUGGCGUUGUUGGUGGACGAUUUCGACAACAUGAAACAGUACAAUGAAAAAUUAUGCAAUUUUAUGGAUACAUAUACGAAUUUCUCAUUCGUAUUAGCAGUACGUAAUGUCGAAGCCAUUGAUCUGCCAUUGCGAGGAAGAUUUCCGUGUGAAUUAGAAUUACUGGUGCCAUCAUUACCGGAAAGAAUGGAAAUUCUACAUUUGUUGCUAAAAACGAAACAGUUAAAAUUAUCCUCAGCUCAAGAACUGAUAAAAGAUAUUGCUCAGAAAAGUCACGGUUAUACGGGUGGUGAUUUGAAAGCAAUUGUUCAUCGUGUCUGUACCAAUUUUGAAUUUACCGGUGAUAAGAGUGAAUUAUUUCAAUGUUUCGAUGUUGCACUGAAGCGCAUACGUCCAACGGGUAUUCGGCAGUUUGUACUUCAGGUACCUGAUAUCAGUUGGGAAGACAUUGGAGGAAAUCGGGAAUUGAAGAUGAAAAUUGAACAGGCAAUUUUAUGGCCAUAUCGAUACCCGGAAAUUUUCAAGCGUUUCGCUUCGAAGCCUCCAUCUGGUAUAUUAUUAUAUGGACCACCCGGUUGCAGCAAAACUUUAAUAGCACGAGCAAUUGCAUCACAGUCACGCAUGAAUUUUUUAGCAGUAAAAGGACCGGAAUUGUUUAGUAAAUGGGUUGGCGAAUCGGAAAGAGCCAUACGAGAACUUUUCAGGCGAGCUCGGCAGGUAGCUCCGGCUAUUAUCUUUUUCGAUGAAAUCGAUGCAGUAGGUGCAAAUCGAGGAAAUCAAAACGAGAGCCAUGUUGGCGAACGCGUAUUGACACAGUUGCUUACCGAACUUGAUGGUUUGGAGGAAAAAGGUGAUGUACUGGUGCUAGCAGCUACCAAUCGACCCGAUAGAUUAGACAGUGCAUUACUAAGGCCAGGCAGAUUUAAUCUCACCAUUCAUGUCCCUUUGCCAGACGAAGAGACUAGGCUUGAUAUUUUGCGUAUUAGAUUGAAUCAAAUGAAAGUUAGCAUUGAUUUGGAUGUGGAAGAUAUGGGUAGAAGAACCAAAGGAUUUUCUGGUGCUGAAGUAGUCGAACUUUGUAAUCAGGCCGUACGUGAAGCGUUGCUCGAGAAUAGAAAUGCUGAUAAGCUUGAAUUUCGACAUUUCGAUCAAGCAUUGAACGAGAUUAUUCCGCGAACUCCAAAUUGGCUGUUGAGUAUUUAUGAAGAAUUUAAAAGAGGAGCCACAUUGGAUGUGAUCUAA